GCUCAGGAGCCCGAGCUCCAGCAGGCUCAGCAGCGAGUGUGCCAGCACUGCGGCAAGGCUGGCCACAACCUCAGGAGUUGCCCCAAGCUCGCCCAGCAGCUCCUCCGAAGCGUGCAGAAGGCCCACUCCCCUAGCGCCGUGGUCGACGCGCUCAAGGCAGGCGGGUCAGGCCUCAAGGUGACGGGGAUACAGACGAAGUUCAUCCACCGUAAGACGCACAAGCUGCAGCGCAGGGUGGCGCACAAGGGCACCCGCAAGCUCUCCACGGCCAGGAAGGCAGCGAAGACG